GGUCGGUGCGGGGCGAUGCGGGCGGCGGGGCGGCUCGGGAGCGGCGCGGCGCUGUGGCUGCUGCUGGCGGCGCAGGCGGUGGCGGCGAUCGAGCCCAUCAGCGUGGGCAUCGCCAUCGGGGCCGCGUCGGUCAUCACCGGCUACCUCUCCUACCGGGACCUGUACUGUCGCUUCGCCGAGUGCUGCGGCAAGCAGCGGCCGCUCAACGCGACCGCCCUCAAGCUGGAUUUGGAGGAGAAGCUGUUUGGGCAGCAUCUGGCCACAGAGGUGAUUCUCAAGGCGCUGACUGGCUUCAGGAGCAACAACAAUCCCAAGAAACCACUGACUCUUUCCUUGCAUGGCUCGGCUGGCACAGGCAAGAAUUUUGUGAGCCAAAUUGUGGCUGAAAAUCUUCAUGCAAAAGGCCUGAAGAGUUACUUUGUCCACCUGUUUGUGUCGACUCUGCACUUCCCUCACGAGCAGCACAUAAAGCUGUACCAGGACCAGUUACAGAGGUGGAUUCGGGGUAACGUGAGUGCCUGUGCAAGCUCCGUGUUCAUAUUUGAUGAGAUGGAUAAACUGCACCCCGGGGUCAUCGACGCCAUCAAGCCGUUUCUGGACUACUAUGAGCAGGUUGAUGGCGUGUCGUACCGGAAGGCCAUCUUCAUCUUCCUCAGCAACGCAGGCGGAGACCUCAUCACGAAGACGGCCCUGGAGUUCUGGCGGGCGGGAAGGAAGAGGGAGGACAUCCAGCUGAAAGACCUGGAGCACGCGCUGUCGGUGGGAGUCUUCAACAACAAGCACAGUGGCCUGUGGCGCAGCGGACUGAUAGACAAAAGCCUUAUCGACUACUUCAUCCCCUUCCUGCCCCUGGAGUACACGCAUGUGAAGAUGUGUGUGCGGGCCGAGAUGAAGGCCCGUGGUUCCGCCAUAGACGAAGACGUUGUCACCAGAGUGGCAGAGGAAAUGACGUUUUACCCCAAAGGUGAAAAAAUCUACUCCGACAGGGGCUGCAAGACUGUGCAGUCACGGCUGGAUUUCCAGUGAGCUCCAUCCGAGCAGGGUCCGAGGCAGCUGGGAGCUCAGGAGCCAGGGCCCGGCCUUUCAGAAGCAUUCUGAAGAUGUCGUUAGGGUUUGCACAUUUGUACCUGUGGACUUUUGGAAUCUAGAAGUUUCUAAGAGUUGAUUUUUGAUGAGCUGCUAAUCUGCCAAGUGCACUUGUCAUUUUGCAACAUGGUAGCAAUGCAACUGUUGCUGCAGUUGAAGAUGAACUUUUAAAACCCGCUCUCUCCCACUCCUUCUACUGACUUUGCAGAAGUGCCUUCAAACAGCUGUCUGUGUGAGACCCAUGACUGUGGCCCUCAAGCUGCUGUCCCUCCUGAAGUCCAGGGCCUGCUGCAAGCUGGGAGCACUGCUGUCACCUGCCGGAAUCAGGCUUCCGCUCCGGUUCCCUCUUCACAGAGAGCGUCCCGACUUGAAGUAUUUUCAGUGGAGAAUGGUGGUGCCUUCAGGCGCAGGCUGUGUCUGGCGGGAGGACGUGUGGGGUCCUCGUCUGUGCGGCAGCCAGACGGACAGAUCAUCGCUGCCUGGCUGUUGCUCUGCUGCUCGGGGAACCCGCUCGCCUCUCCCUGUGGCACUUCUGAACGUCGGUGACCACCAGCUUCCUCCGCCGCUAGUCGGACUGGAACCAGAGCGUGGGUUUCGGUUUCAAGUCCUUGGUCCCAUGGGGAAAUGUUUGUUACAGCUUAUACUUAGGUCAGUCUCUCGCUAUAACCCACAGAACCACUUGAAAUCCUAGAACACGGUCAUCUCUGUGGAGAUGGGGUCAGCUUGCAGACUCUGCAUUGCCAAAGAGGAAGUAUCCUACACUAGAAACACUGGAGUUUUCAAAGAUGAGUAUGUAUGUGUGUGUGUAUAUAUAUAUGUACAUAUAUAUAUACACACACACACAUACACACAUAUAUUUUAAUAUAUUUUUGGUUGAUUUUAGAGCGAAAGAGAGGGAGAGAUAGAAACAU